AGCCCGAGGGCAUUCUCCUAAAGUGAGCAGGGUGGCUCCGUGCGCUUCGUAAAAGACCCCGAUUAUUCCCGAGUGGAUCUUCGGCUGCAUUCGUUUUCACUCGGGAGAACUCGGCUCUGCAUUCGGAUUAACUCCAGAUCGCUGAUCGCUGGUGCGUAAAACUUGAGGACGUCCAGUAUUUGACUCUGUAUUAUUCUGGACACCCGUAUUCCGCCGAUCCGGACCAAUGAGGUGCCCGAGGUUCCCGGGGGAGCAGCACCCAAGACCCUAAAUUGCAGAUGGACUGCGUACAUUCGACACCGACUAGGAAGAUGCAUUGGUUCACCCUGCUGCUGGCCGGCUUCACUUUCUGGGGCAAAGUGUCCGUGUAUAAGUGCUUAGACUAUGAAGAGAAUUUCGAGUACUACGAGGAGGAGAAAGCCGACACCAUAGACUACAAAGAUCCCUGCAAAGCACCGGUAUUUUGGGGAGACAUCGCCCUGGACGAAGAGGAUCUGAAAAUGUUUCAGGUGGACCGGACCAUAGACCUCGCUCAACAGGCCAGGCAGGGACACACCACAGGAGGAGCUGAGGAGCAGGACUCCCCCGGAAAGCGAGGCCGGUUAUACCUCCUGCUGGAGAGAAUACGCCGCAUGGGUCUGGACCCGUCGCCCACGAACUCGAGUAAGGAGGAGAGUCCCCAGGCCCAGAAGGGGCGCGGAAGGAGGCGGGGUCGAUCCCGCACGGCGCGCGCCGCCACCUCCCGGGCGGAGAGGAUCUGGCCGGGGGGCGUCGUCCCGUACGUCAUCGGCGGCAACUUCACCGGCAGCCAGAGGGCAAUGUUCAAGCAGGCCAUGCGGCACUGGGAGAAGCAGACCUGCGUGACCUUCGUGGAGAAGACGGACGAGGAGAGCUACAUCGUCUUCACCUACCGGCCCUGCGGAUGCUGCUCCUACGUGGGUCGCCGUGGAAACGGCCCCCAGGCCAUCUCCAUCGGGAAGAACUGCGACAAGUUCGGGAUCGUGGUGCACGAGCUGGGUCACGUGAUCGGGUUCUGGCACGAGCACACCCGUCCCGACCGCGACGACCACGUGACCAUCAUCAGGGACAACAUCCAGCCCGGGCAGGAGUACAACUUCCUGAAGAUGGAGCCCGGCGAGGUCAACUCCCUCGGGGAGCCAUACGACUUCGACAGCAUCAUGCACUACGCCCGGAACACCUUCUCCAGGGGGAUGUUCCUGGACACCAUCCUGCCGUCCCGCGAUGACAACGGCGUCCGGCCUGCCAUCGGUCAGAGGACCAGACUCAGCAAGGGAGACAUCUCCCAGGCCAAAAAGCUCUACCGCUGUCCAGCCUGCGGCGAGACCUUACAAGACUCCACGGGCAACUUCUCCUCCCCCGGUUACCCCAACGGAUACCCUUCGUACACCCACUGCGUCUGGAGGAUCUCGGUCACGCCCGGGGAGAAGAUCGUGCUGAACUUCACCACCAUGGACCUGUACAAGAGCAGCCUGUGCUGGUACGACUACAUAGAGGUGCGGGACGGGUACUGGAGGAAGGCGCCUCUCCUGGGUCGUUUCUGCGGCGACAAGAUUCCGGAGACCCUGACCUCCACGGACAGUCGGAUGUGGAUCGAGUUCCGCAGCAGCAGCAACUGGGUGGGGAAGGGCUUCGCCGCCGUCUACGAAGCGAUCUGUGGGGGCGACGUCAACAAGGACUCCGGGCAGAUCCAGUCCCCCAACUACCCAGACGACUACAGGCCGUCUAAGGAGUGCGUCUGGAGGAUCGCCGUGUCCGAGGGCUACAGCGUCGGGCUCAGCUUCCAGGCCUUCGAGAUCGAGAGGCACGACAGUUGCACGUACGACUACCUGGAGUUGCGGGACGGCCCGUCCGAGAGCAGCCCGCUGAUCGGCCGCUUCUGCGGCGGCGACGUCCCGGAGGACGUGCGCUCCACCUCCAACACGCUGUGGAUGAAGUUCGUGUCGGACGGGACCGUCAACAAGGCCGGUUUCGCUGCCAACUUCUUUAAAGAGGAGGACGAGUGUAUGAAACCAGAUAAUGGAGGCUGUGAGCAGAGGUGUGUAAACACACUGGGGAGCUUCAGGUGUGCAUGUGACCCCGGAUAUGAGCUCGGCCCCGACAAGAAGAGCUGCGAAGCGGCGUGCGGAGGUCUGCUGUCCAAACUGAACGGGACCAUCAGCACCCCCGGCUGGCCCAAGGAGUACCCGCCCAACAAGAACUGCGUGUGGCAGGUGGUGGCCCCCACGCAGUACCGCAUAUCCAUGCAGUUCGAGGCCUUCGAUCUGGAGGGGAAUGAGGUGUGCAAGUACGACUUCGUGGAGGUGCGCAGCGGCCUGUCGUCCGACUCCAAGCUCCACGGCAAAUACUGCGGCACCGAGGUCCCCGAGGUCAUCACGUCCCAGUACAACAACAUGCGCAUCGAGUUCAAGUCGGACAACACCGUCUCCAAGAAAGGCUUCAAGGCUCACUUCUUUUCCGAUAAAGACGAGUGCUCCAAGGACAACGGCGGAUGCCAGCACGAGUGCGUCAACAUCAUCGGCAGCUACGUGUGCCAGUGCCGGAACGGAUUCGUACUCCACGAGAACAAGCACGACUGCAAGGAAGCCGAGUGCGAACACAAGAUCCACAGUCCCACCGGCACCAUCAGCAGCCCCAACUGGCCCGAUAAAUACCCCAGCAGGAAGGAGUGCACCUGGGACGUCACCGCCACGCCCGGUCACCGCGUCAAAAUCCUCUUUAACGAGUUCGAGAUCGAGCAGCACCAGGAAUGCGCCUACGAUCACCUGGAGGCCUUCGACGGCGACUCCGACAAGGCGGCCAUCUUGAGUCGGCUGUGCGGCAGCAAGAUCCCGGAGCCCCUCGUCUCCACGGGCAACAGGAUGUACCUGCGCUUCAUCUCCGACGCCUCCGUGCAGAGGAAGGGUUUCUACGCCACGCACUCCACAGAAUGCGGCGGGAGACUGAGGGCCGACGCCCGGCAGAAGAACCUAUACUCUCACGCUCAGUUCGGCGAUAAUAACUACCCCGGGCACACGGACUGCGAGUGGCUGAUCACGGCCGAGGCGGGCUACAGCAUCGAGCUCACCUUCGCCAUCUUCGAGCUGGAGGACGAGGCCGACUGCGGCUACGACUACAUCGAGCUGUACGACGGCCACGACGCGGCGGCGCACAAGCUGGGGCGCUUCUGCGGCUCGGGGCCCCGCGAGGAGCUGUACUCGGCCGGCGAGGCCAUGCUGAUCCGCUUCCACGGCGACGACACCAUCAGUAAGAAGGGCUUCCACGCCCGCUACACCAGCACCAAGUUCCAGGAGGAGUUACACACGCACAAGUAGAGGACCCCCAGAUCACAUACGUACCCUCCGCGCUCCGGGGGGGGGGGGGGGCGCCCACGAGACUCUUGGGGACUCCCCGGCGGGGUCGGGGGUCCGGAACCCCGGACGCGGGGCCGCCCUUUCGGCCGGGAGGCGUCGACGUUCGUACCGCAUGUGUAUGGUGGUGCAUGUUUCCACGGUAACCACGAUCCAGGACCCGCUCUACUCCUUUCCAAUAUCUCUGACUUACUCGACGCCUACGCCGGCCGGCGGUCGGACCUACCGCUCCCAGGCCCGCCGGGUGCGAGGGAGUCGCCAGACGUUCAUCCCGACCCCUGGAAUUCCGUGCGCUUAGCAUGCACUUAGCUCAAACGUAGACGCGCGACGGGAAUCUCCGACGGUGCUACUCAACGAGGCGACGGGAACGUCGGCGCCGGGCGACGGCCUCAGAACCCGGAACGUAUAUCCUCGCGCACGAGGACGUCCAUGUCGACGCUAUUAAUGUCGAAUUAUUAAUGUAUUUUUUUUUUAUAUAUAUUAAAUUCCACGAACUUGAACAUUUCAACGUCGGACAGAUAACGACCUGAAGUGUGUGUGUGUGUGUGUGUGUGUGUGUGAACAUGUGCGCCCGGGUGUCUUUCAUGUGCCAAGUUCCUGUUCCCUUCUAAAUUUGGUUUCUACCACACACACGACGUCGUCGCGUGUCGUUUUUCGGUGAUCGGUGAUCAUGUCCUUCUUUCUACAGCUCGCCAAAAGUACGUGGACGCCCAUCCUGAGUGCCUACGCCAACGCAUCCUCGGUUCGGGGUUUAGGAUCCCACCAAUUCCAGAUCUACCGAGGCGUGGAGAGAAAGAACAGAAUUUAAUUCUAUUAUCUGUGCGUUUAUGUGUAUAGAACAGUGGCGUCAAAAGUCUUGGGCCGCUAGUGAACACGAGGACAUCGUUGCCCAGCCACACUUGGCUGAAUGAGAACACAUUCUAGUUUAUGCUCAGUAUUUAGAAUGAUUUCACACUCUAGCAGCAGGUUUGGGACUAAAAGGUUUUGUAGUAUUUAGGAUUUUAUUAUAUUAUUACUGAUUAGCAUUAAUGCUAUGCUUGUGACGGUUGUUAGGUUAGAUUGACGCAUCAGCGCCACCUUUUGGACUGGCUCUUCCACAGCAUUUUUUGGGUGUUUGUCUGAAUAUAUACAAGAUUUUUUGAAAUUAUAUUAUAUAUUAUAUAUUAUUAUAUCUG